AUCAAAGUGAUUUUAUCGACUUCUUCACUCUUCUUCCACACUUUCUCACCUCUCGACACGCAACUUCCUCUUCUGCGACUUCACUAUAUAUACACACACACCUUCAGUUUCUUGUUUCUUCAAAUCAACAACUCUUUUCUUUUACCAACAAAUAAGUCUUCUCAACUUAGUAAGUCGUUCGAUCUUAUCAAAAAAAAAAAACUCAAAAAGAUAAUGGCACUUGAAGCUCUCAACUCUCCAAGAUUAGCCUCUCCGAUGCCGGCUCUGUUUCAAGAUUCAGGAGUAGGGUUUCAUGGGAGUAAAGGCAAGCGAUCUAAGAGGUCAAGAUCCGAAUUCGACCGUCACAGCCUCACGGAGGAUGAAUAUAUCGCUUUGUGUCUCAUGCUUCUUGCUCGUGACGGCGGCGAUCGAAGCCAUGACGUUACCCUUCCUUCUUCUUCUUCUUCUCCUCCACCGGCUCUGCUUCUUCCUCCUACUCCGAUCUACAAGUGUACCGUCUGUGACAAGGCGUUUUCUUCGUACCAGGCCCUUGGUGGACACAAGGCAAGUCACCGUAAAAACUUUUCCGGAGGAGGGGAUGAGCCAUCUACGUCUUCGGCCAUAACCAUAAGCACAUCCGGCGGUGGCGGGGGAGGAAGCGUGAAGUCGCACGUUUGCUCCAUCUGUAACAAGUCGUUCGCCACCGGUCAAGCUCUCGGCGGUCACAAACGGUGCCACUACGAAGGAAAGACCGGAGGUGGCGGCGCGAGUAGUAGCGUGUCGAAUUCGGAAGGUGUGGGAUCUACAAGCCACGUCAGCAGCGGCCACCGUGGGUUUGACCUAAACAUCCCGCCGAUACCGGAAUUCUCGAUGGUCAACGGAGAAGACGAGGUGAUGAGUCCCAUGCCGGCGAAGAAACUCAAACCUACCUCUUCCUAGGGAGUAUCUUUCUUACUAUAGGAAUUUGUUUUUACUACUGUACAUAUAUACCAUUUUCGAAUAUUGAUUAAAUCUUCUUCUUCAUUGAAAAAUGAUUCUUUCUUGUAUAAUAGAUGUUUUGUUUUUCCUUCAAAUUAUAAUUUUUCUUUUAAUUCA